CGCUUUCCCCAAAUCUAUGGUUUCAUGGGCGGCUUCCUUCCACUUGCUACCAUCGCCAUAACCCUCCGGAUUAUCUCACGCUUGAAGUUCUCUUAUAUCGGCGCGGAUGACAUAGCGAUCGCAAUUGCAUAUAUUCUGUUCAUCGGCCUGAUUGUCGCGACUGUGUUUGCGACGAAGUAUGGCCUCGGGAUACACAUCGUCGAUGUUGACUAUCCAAAGACCGGAGUCAGCAUGCAGAAGUGUGGUUUCUCAUCACAAGUCUUGUAUCCAGCGAGCCAAGGGUUCACGAAACUCAGCAUUCUACUCUUCCUCUCCCGAGUGGUACCGUCUACGAGCCCAUGGAAAAAAAGGAUAUGGACAAUUGCCGCAUUUGUGGUGUGUCAAGAGACCGCUUUCACGAUAACGCUGUUUUUGCAGUGCCGGCCAACGCCAUACUAUUGGGACAAGUCGUUGACUGGAACGUGUAUCAACCAGCCCGCGUUUUACUAUGUUGACGCCUCAAUAAAUAUCCUUACAGAUCUCAUGAUUCUCUCUUUGCCGUGGUUGAUUUUUUCUGGUGAGUACUCGCGUUCCAAAAUGGGAAAUGGAGGCAUCCGCUGA